GAGUAAAUAGAGAAGAGGGUGGUGAGUGGUGAAAGUGACAAGAGGAGCCUAAGUGGAAAGAAAAGAAGGAAAAGAAAGAGAGGCAAAUCCAAAAGAAAACACACAGAAGGAAACAAAACAUAUCAUACAUACGAACAGAGUACUUGAAGUAUUAGCAGCGAUACGAUAGCAGGGGGGCCUUGUGGAAUGUAGCAACACGAGACGCUUGGCACUUGCAUAAACCAACGUGUUAUGGAUUUCGGUGCCUCUCUCUUUUCCAAUUAAAUAAACCCCUUUUCUUCAUAUAUAUCCUUCUCUUCUUCUUCGUAUUCUUUCAAAUAAACUACCAUUAAUCUUAUUCUAUGCCUCAUUUCUCUGUUCACUUCACACAUGGGUUGGUGGCAUAAGAUCACAAAAACUUGGACUGCACUCUCUGCUCGUAUCAAGCUUCGAAAAUCAAGGAUUUCCGGUGGCCGAGUUGCUGGAACCGGUGAAUACACCAGUGAUUGUGGGGGAAUCAGUGGGGGGUUGUUGAAGCUUCGUGAUGAUGUGCAAAUGUGUGGGUACAGAGAUGUUGAGGUGAUGUGGAACAUGUUGAACAUAAGUCUUCAGCAUGACCAAAUGGAAGCGGCGAGAAGCUCCAACAACUCAGAAUUUCGCAAGCGUGGGUACAAGCAAAGAUCUAUUUCCAGGGUUUUGUUCUGGACUAGCCAUCUAGUAAAUUGAACGAAUGAUCAAGUUUUGGAAAAGAAUUAAUGUGAACGUAUUGUACAUGCCAAUGAAUGAAACCUUAUUUCAUGAUUAUGUGAAUAAUAGAAGAAGUUUCUGUUCUGGUAUGUUAUAUACUAUGCAUGUAACCCUUCAGUUUGUCCCUCUCUGCUCAGAUAAGGGGAAAGGCAAGGAAAAUCUGUGUGUUUGUUGCCAAUUAGGAACCGCUAUAUGGAAGAUGUAGUGUUUUGUUUCAACUUUUCUUCACAGGUAACAAAGAUAAACACGGCUUAAAAUUUAUAACUGAAGUUCUGCAUCGAGUAUAGUGACAGGUUUGAAUGGAACUAGUGGUGAGGUUGCAUCAAUUGAUGAUCAAUCGGUGUCACAAUACAUGCAUUUGAAGUGUUUGAUGGUUGUUUUCGCUGAUUUUUGUGACGUGUAUUGGUUGAAGUGUUUUGAGUAGUAGUUAUUAGCCGAAC